UUCAGGUUUUCUAAUUUUCCUUAGGGGUUGCUAUUCCUGCUAUUUCUGCUGUCUCUAUUAAUCAUUCAUACCCUAUGUCUCUAUCGCUCAUGCCCUGUUUCUUUGGUUCCUUUUGCUGUCAUCUUUAUAAUACAGGUGAUUGCUGCUUACUGAUUUUAACCCGGUAGCAGCAGGGACCAUGUUUCUUAAUGGUCCCUCCAAGCCCUCCAAGCAAGAAAAAUGAGGAAAAAUCACCCCUCACACAAACCAUUUCAUAAUAUAUAUCAAAGCAUUUGUGAUCAGACUAUGCAUUAUCUAUUUUUGGAGGGUUAUAUCAUGGCACAAAUUUGGCCCAUCGCUGCUACACGGUAAAGCCACAAAUUUGGCUCGUCGCUGCUAUCAGGUUAAACUUUCCAUAUCAGAAAUCUAUAUAUGAUCCCCAAAGAAGUGUCUGUGAUUGGUGCUGUUGAAUGCAUCCAGACGUACACCUUCCCUGUUUCUCUACUGAUGAAGGGUGUGUAUUUGAUCUGUGUCUUCUUAUUCUGUUGCAGGAAGAAUGGCAUCAAAGCCUGGUGGGUGGGAGUCGGCCAGUAGCAAAAGACACAGGAUAAGUCUUAUGCUGGAGGUAUACCUUGGAAGUGGGUGUUCGAUGGCGGAACUACACUACGCGCACAGGAUUGGGUACAGCACAAUACACAACAUCAUAACAGAUGUAUGCAGCCAGAUUUGGAGCGUUCUUCUGAGUGAAUCUAUGCCUAAACCAUCACAAGAAACAUGGCUUCGGAUUUGCACCGAAUUCGAAAAAUAUGCCAAUUUCCCUAAUUGCAUCGGGGCGAUUGAUGGGAAACAUAUUAGGAUUAUAAAGCCAUCCCAUUCAGGAAGUCUCUAUUACAACUAUAAAAACUAUUUCUCAUUAGUUUUGCUGGCUGUCUGUGACGCAGAUUACUGCUUUACAUAUAUCGAUGUGGGAGCGUACGGUAAAGAAAGUGACUCUAACAUUUUCAAAAAUUCUCAUUUCUAUAACUUACUUGAAAACAAUAACCUCAACAUUCCUGAAGCUUCAACAGUGGAAGAUCUACGGGGAGAAAUCCCUUAUGUGUUCGUUGCAGACGAAGCGUUCUCGCUAUCGCAGCAAAUACUACGGCCCUAUUCUGGAAAUCAGCUAACUGAUAAAAAGAAAAUAUUUAACUAUCGACUUUGCAGGGCAAGACGAUACAUCGAAUGUACAUUCGGCAUAUUAGCUAAUAAAUGGAGGAUCUUUCAUAAACCUUUGAAUGUAUCUAUAGAGUUUGCAGAAAUUAUAACCAGAGCUUGUUGCGUACUGCAUAACUUUGUACGAAAGCGUGACGGAAACCGUAGUCAUGAGAGAUACGCCAUUCCAAAUGAUAAAACAGGAUUGGAGAAUAUACUAUUAGCUGAAAAUGUUCUGGGUGGGAGAACUGCCAAUAAAGUAAGGGACGCCUUUGCUUCUUAUUUUGUCAGUGAAAAGGGUGCUCUUCCAUGGCAACAUGAGAAAAUUUAAACAGAAGCUGUAUAUAAAAAACAACAAUAAAAAACAUUGCAUACUUACAUGUCUCAUU